UGGAAAUAGAUUUUAUUUCUUCAGAUGUAACGAUAUUACAUUGACAGUAUGCAGCGUUUACGUGCUAAGAUAUCUGUACUUACGUAAGAAUAAAUUAUGUUCAUGAACAUGUCUUUAAUAUACACUUUUCAUUCGUUUUGUAGUUUAUGGCAACUUUAUUCCCUGCAUCUGAUGUCAGAAAGGUGACGUCACAGUUCAAGCGUUGUGGAGUAGGUGUGAUCCGUGGUAGGUGUGGACAUGGGAAGAUAGUGGAUCUUUGAAUCGCCUCAUCAAAUGAUGUGUUUUUUAUGUAGGUAGCGGAAAAGUUUAGGGUUUUCCGGAAUCCUGUAGCUUUUCCUAGGUGCUAGUAAUUCGUCUUUGUGCGGUUUGAGCGGGUUAUAGUGACCCUUGUUCGUGAGUGUUUUGUGUUCAAGAAGAUUUCAAGAUGGCGUGUAAUUUGGCCCCAAGUGUAAACUGUUCGUUGGAUGACAUCGAUUUAAACGCUCUAAAGGAUCCCGCAGGCAUUUUUGAGCUGAUAGAAGUUGUUGGAAAUGGAACCUAUGGCCAAGUGUACAAAGGUCGACACACGAAGACUGGUCAACUUGCCGCUAUCAAGGUCAUGGAUGUUACAGAGGAUGAAGAAGAAGAAAUCAAAUUGGAGAUAAAUGUACUAAAGAAGUAUUCAAAUCAUAGAAACAUAGCAACGUAUUAUGGGGCAUUUAUCAAGAAAAGUCCACCAGGGAAGGAUGACCAGCUAUGGCUUGUUAUGGAGUACUGUGGAGCUGGUUCGGUAACAGAUCUAGUAAAAUCUACCAAGGGACAGAGCCUGAAAGAGGAAUGGAUAGCGUACAUCUGUAGAGAAAUUCUUCGUGGUCUCAGUUACUUGCACACCAACAAGGUGAUCCACCGAGACAUCAAAGGGCAGAAUGUGUUGCUUACUGACAAUGCUGAGGUCAAACUAGUUGACUUCGGUGUGAGUGCACAGCUGGAUCGCACAAUUGGACGGCGUAACACAUUCAUCGGUACACCAUACUGGAUGGCACCUGAAGUGAUAGCAUGUGAUGAGAACCCAGAUGCCACGUAUGACAACCGAAGUGACCUCUGGUCUCUGGGCAUAACAGCCCUUGAGAUGGCUGAGUCUCAGCCGCCUCUGUGUGAUCUUCAUCCUAUGCGAGCCCUGUUCCUUAUACCAAGAAAUCCUCCACCUAGAUUAAAGUCAAAGAAGUGGGCCAAAAAAUUCCAUAGUUUCAUUGAGACAGUGCUUGUGAAAGACUAUCAUCAGCGCCCUUACACGGAACAACUUCUAAAGCAUCCAUUCAUCCGGGACCAGCCCACUGAACGGCAGGUUCGGAUACAUCUCAAAGACCAUAUUGAUCGCUGCAAGAAGAGGAAACAAGAGAAAGAACGAGAGGACUACCGGUAUAGUGGAUCAGAAAAUGAAGAAGAGGAACCAGCAAUCGCAGGAGAGCCUUCAUCCAUAGUUCAAGCACCUGGUGGUGACACUCUCAGGAGAAAUUUCCAACAAAUACAGGAGGGUAGAACAUUGACACAAAAUGAAUCAAAGGAGUCUAAACACAAUUGGAAAGGGGAACGAGAGGAAAUACCAGAACCUGGGCCUCCAGCGAGACCCCCCAUACCACAAAGACUCAUCGUUGUGCCAGAUCCUCAUCCCCCGUCACGACCACUGCCUCCUCCACCAAGGGAGGAUCGCCAGCAGAAACCCGCCACACCACCAACAGGAGCUGCAAGUCACCAGCAACCCUCGUCUGCAGCUCCACAACCCCAGCAGCGCAACUCGCACAUUUUCAAGCCCAUGCUUCCUCCAAGAAGACCAGAGGAUCUGGACAUGCUGGCUGCUCAAUUGAACGAACUGGGUGUUACUCAGCCAGAGGCUCCAGCCCGUUCCCGGCAAAAUGGCAAGUCUUCAUCGGCUGUUGGAGGAAAUUCAUCGCACAAUGCCCUCCCAGCACCACCAUCUUCCCUUCCACAGUCUGCGUCUUCUAUCCUGGAUGCAGCUGUUGAGUCAGACUCAGAUGAAGGGGAAGAUGGCACAGGUGUCCGCAAUGAUGGCACCCUGCUCGCUAGCGACCCACCUAAACCACUCCCCGAACUUUCUCCUUACAGACCACUGGAUCCUCCUCAUGCACCGCAGACAAUGGUGAUUCAUGAAGGUCCAUCAUCAAGUGGGGCCCCCAACAGGCCUCUUCCUCCAACACCAGAUGAGGAAGAGAGUGGGGACCGAACCCUUGUGAUGAAGCGGCAGAAAGAAGCCUCAGCACGAUCACAACAGCAGAACCGGCACUCAGAACUUGAUGAGCAGUCGCUACUUAAGGACUGGGAUUUUGCUCGGUUCUUCCAAGGUUACAGUGACCUUUUUGACAAAACGAAGUUGGAAACCAAUAAUUCUGAAGCAAAUGAAAAUUGUGGAAGUCCAACAAAAAUCCAGCAAUGCAAUAGUAGUAGUCAAGACGUUAGUGCCAACAAGAUAAGUAGUGGAACACAUGCUGAGAAAAGAAAUCAGCAAAAUCAUGGGAUUGGAUCCACCAAAAGAAACUCUAAUAAGGAGAUAUUUAGUUCAGCAGCAGCUGAUCAGAAGGGUAUUAUACCCCAUCACCGGCGAAAUGAAUCAGACUCAAGAAUAACUGGACCUUACAGUGGUUUCAGACGAGAGAACUCAGAUUUUUUCCCAGCCUCUUCUCGGCACUCAGCCGUAUUACUUGACUCAAAGAAUAAUUCAGGAUCAGGGAGUGGAAGUGGUGGUAUUCUGUUCUCUGGAAAUGGCCGUCGUGGUUCAGACAUUGCUGGUGGGGUAUCCGGAUUGUCAGGUCUCAAUAUCCUUAGUGUUGUAAAAAAGGGAGGGGGGAGUUCAGGUGCUAGGAAUGGAGAACCCAUCCUUACCGAUUUCAGUCUUAACAAAGCUUCUAAUGAACAUGCUUCCACUAUUCUGGACCAUCCUGUGAGACCACGUAGGGAGAAAACAGAGGGGGACAUUGUUCUACUUAGGAAUCGUCAGGAACUACGAGAUGAACUGCAGGCAAGGCGACUGGAUGUGGAGCAGAGGUUCUCUCGAGAGGCUGAACGCAUGAGGAGACGUAACAGCCGCCCACUUGUGGACAUAGGAAGCAGCAGUAAUGUUGCCUCAUUGAUGUCGUCUGACUUCGGUGGCGCAGGUACAGGAGGGAGGGAAGAGUACAGCCUGCGACAGAAUCGUGAGGACCGCCGUGGUGACUUCCAUCGAAUGGACUCAUCACCAGGCCAACUUGGGACACCUGGAUCCCGGACUAGCUCAGUUUUGCCCGAUUUACUUACACAGACUGCCUCAAGCCCUGGUACUCCAAAUCAGAGACAGGACAAGUCAACCAGUGAAGAGUAUCGUCAAGCUGUAUCUAAGUCACCUCCUCAUCCCCUUCAACAGAAGCAACGUUCAUUUCUUACAUUUGGAUUUGGCGCUGGUGGUUCGGGCCCUACACGCCGAGAGUCACAUGUUAAUGUAAAUGUGACACCAACCUCACAUGAUGUGGGCUCUGAUACACCUGAAAUUCGCAAGUACAAGAAGAGGUUCAAUUCUGAGAUCCUCUGUGCUGCCCUUUGGGGGGUGAACCUGCUGAUUGGAACAGAGAAUGGACUGAUGUUGCUGGACCGCAGUGGUCAGGGCAAGGUUUAUCAGCUCAUCUCAAGGCGACGAUUCCAGCAGAUGGAGGUUCUGGAGGGACAGAACAUAUUGGUGACUAUCUCGGGAAAGAAGAACCGUGUGCGUGUCUACUACCUCUCAUGGCUCAAAUCGAAAAUUCUCCGCACGGAUGGGGUGAGUGAUCAAGUAGAACGUCGAAAUGGAUGGAUUAAUGUUGGAGAUCUUCAAGGUGCUGUUCACUUCAAGAUUGUCAAGUAUGAACGUAUAAAGUUUCUUGUUAUUGCUCUCAAAGACAGCAUUGAGAUCUAUGCCUGGGCACCAAAACCUUAUCACAAGUUCAUGGCUUUCAAGUCAUUUGGUGACCUGAUACAUCGGCCCCUAUUGGUAGACCUCACAGUGGAGGAGGGUACAAGACUAAAGGUGAUCUAUGGUUCUGCGGAUGGUUUUCAUGCUGUAGACCUUGAUUCUGCAUCUGUCUAUGACAUUUAUAUACCAAAACAUACACAAGGACCAAUCUCACCUCAUUGCAUUGUGCCACUCCCGAACUCAAAUGGGAUGCAACUUCUGCUCUGUUAUGAUAAUGAAGGUGUCUAUGUUAAUACAUAUGGCAAGGUAUCAAAGAACAUUGUCCUGCAGUGGGGAGAGAUGCCAACAUCAGUUGCAUACAUUGGAACGGGUCAAAUCAUGGGUUGGGGUAACAAGGCCAUUGAAAUCCGCAGUGUUGAGACAGGUCACCUGGAUGGAGUAUUCAUGCAUAAAAAAGCCCAAAGGCUAAAAUUCCUCUGUGAAAGAAAUGAUAAGGUGUUUUUCUCCUCUGCAAAAGGUGGUUCAUCUUGUCAGAUUUACUUCAUGACAUUAAACAAGCCGGGAAUGGCCAACUGGUGAUUGCCUCAACUUGAACAUACCACAUCACCAUGGGGACUGUUGGAAGCCGAACUGAGCCAAGUAAAACUUUAGAAUCGGUUAGCCAGUCAAGUUAUAGCAAGAGUACUCUGCUAUUGGUGCCAUGAAAUAUGAAAUGCUGUUGAGGACUGGAAGCUAAAUUAUGGUGAUUGUUCCUUCAUGGUAGUGCAGCCAUAGUUGCUGAGUCCCUGUUGUACAUUUCCUAACAUAAAUUUCAUUCCAUCUUAAUGCAUUGCCUCAAGGGAGCUAAGUCAUUUAGCAGUCACAGAAAGCCAGAACAGCUUUCCUUGCAUAAUAGUGAGAUUGUGCAAGCUUAUGUAACAACACUGUGUUCUUCAGGGAAACAUCUUUAAACCUAUGGUGGCCAUAUGUAGGCACCUCAGAGAUACUGUUAGAAGAACUGAUUUAUGUACUACACAUUAUUUGGAGUAUUGUUCUGUUUCAUUUAAGAAAAUUUAGCACUCUGAGGAUAUUUGUAUUUUUGUUAAAAGAAAGCUUUAAACAGACUUUUUCAGUGUUAUAUUUAAGAAAGUAUCUGUUUUGGGUUUGUUACCUUCAUGUUAUGUAUUGGGACUACAGUUGUCCCUUGCUUAAUAAGGGGGUUAUGCUCUUCUCUUAUACUAUGGCUGUCAAGAAGCUGUUCUCCAGGGGCUUAUUCUUGAGGAAGAAACAGAUUAAGGGGAAUCAGAUUAGCCUCUGAAACGUACAUAUACAAAAGCUCAAGUUUCAGAAUAAACAAGUGUAGUAUAUAUACUAAAUAAAUCACUUUUAUUUAUACCUAUUGUACAUAUACAAAACGUAGGAAUUAGUGUAAUACGGUAUGAAUAAAGUACCUAUUUUACCACAAAGAAAGUGCUUUCUUAACUUUCUGCAUUAUGGAUCAUGUCUUUUAUAAGUAAAUUUUAUAAUCUUCAGCAUUAGUCCUAAUAGCUGCUUGACUUCAUUUAAUAGUUUUGAUGGAAGGUUCAUUGAUACAGAAAUUCCUUGAAACAGAUUAUGUAAUUUCACCAUAUUCUAUUGAUUUUUUGUUAUAGUCAUUAUUUUUAUAACCUUUCUUUCAGUAGCAUCACUACAGUUAUGAUGUAAAGCCAUAUUUUUAGAACAAUGCAGUCCAUCAUAAAAGAAGGAAAGUUAUUCCAAGUUUGUGAAGGGCAUGUUACACUAUCUGACACAGAUGCUCUUACUGCAAUAACCACAGCAUCAUUGAGAGACAUGAUUGUAGAUGUGAGUACGUUGUGAUCUUGGCUGUGCAUACAUCUGCAGAUCAACACGUACUAACCUGAUGAUAAUCUAAACAUAACUCUAUUGUAUAAAAAGAGUGUAUAAAAUUGUGUAUAAUGAAAUCCAUGUUAACCAGACCCAUCCUGAAUGAGGAAUUACUGUGUUAUACAUCAUAAUAUUAAACUUGCAUGAGAAUUCCAAAUUCUGGAAGUUGAAAAUCGAACAUGUAGGAUACUUAUGUUUAUAUUUACUCAGAAUAUUUGUCACGUUAUGUACUAAAUUUCAGGAGUGUUUAGACAAAUAAAGAAAGCAUGUAGGUGGAAGGACAUUAAAAUCACCAUACUUGAUGCUUCCAGUGGCUACGUAAGUGGUGAUUGUAUGUUAUGAAUACCAUAUAUCAAUGCUUUAGUGAAUGUAUUCAUAUAUUACAUGACAAAAGCAAGUGACAGAUUUUCAUACUGGCAUUAAUGUGUUAGAAACAUUAAUCUGACAUAUGACAUUUCCUAGAAGUAAAAGAAGUGAUUGGUGAACAACUUUCAAAGACUUUUUAAGUGGCCCGUGUCUGCGUAUUACAUCAGAGUAGACAGUUCUUUCUGCAGGAACUGGUGAAGAAUGGUUAGUUUUUUCUACAUCCAUGUUGUUACCGCUUUCAUUGGUAACAGUGAGCUGAAGUCUCUUUUGUAACUCCCACCCCCUAAUCUUUAAUGACUGAAAUAUUCAGAAAUGGUGUCCUUAAAUUCAUAAAUUUGUAUUUUAUAAUAUGUGAUUUUCAUAGGCCAGUUAGCAUGAUAAAGAAAUAUGUAUAGAACUGAAAGUAAAAUGGUUGUAAAGAAAAAAUGAACUUAUUCCUGUAGUAUGAGAAUUGUUUUCAGUUUGUUUUGUUAAAGUGACAUGGUGUGUUUAAUUUCUAUUCAGAAAGAACCAGGCAUUUUCCAGUUUUUGCUUUGGGCCAUGUUAUAGUCACAAAACUGAUAGAUUAUAGACCCAGUCAGAAUUUUUGAAUCCUUAUGAGAGAUCUGAUAUUAGGGUCGUUUCAUGUCUUUCAAUUUCAUGUGUAAUUUUAUAUAAUAAUGCAAUUUACAUCUGUGAUUCUGUUUUCAUGUCAGUCUCUAAGUUGCCAACUCUACCAGGCACAGUUUUGUGUGUAUAUGUAUGAGUGAGGAGAGGAAUACUUGACUGAGCAAGCAUUAGUUGUUUCUUCAACAUCUUUUGUGAAGAGAUGAUGGCAUAUAUACUCUGAAGAUACAUUUUGGUACUUAUGAAUAUUGGAAUUGGGUAAUUCUAUAGAAAUUAUUCAGAAAAACUCAGUACUCCUUAAUUUAAAUUUCUGAGGGUUGUCCCUAUUUUCUGUUUUAAAAUGUUCCACACAUUUCUGUUGCAAUAUUUGUAAGUGUCUGUAUUAAGUUCCACAGUUAGAUUUUUCAAGUGGUGGUUAUGAUGAGGAUGUGUGUGAUUUUAUUCUGUUUGGUAACAGAUUUCCAUGAAUAAAGUUGGAAGAGUUGGCAGCAGUGAUGGCUUCCAAAGUGAGGACUUUAAGAACUAUAGUAAUUCAGCUCAAAAGUGCAGCAAUUUAAAGAAAACUAUAUAUGAUAUAUAUUUCUUUUUGUUGUAACUUAUAUUACAGUAACUGUAUAGUAACAUCAAUAACUAACCUAUAAAUAACCAUAAGCGUUACUCCCCCUUUUAUUGAAGAAAUGCACAUGACAUAUUCAGAUCUGCACAAGCUAUUACCAGUGAAUCAACUGGAACAUUUUGUGUGAGCUCAGAAUCCAGUUUAACCUUCAUGAUUACAUAUUACCGUUGCUGAGGAGUAGAUAUGGUGAAAUGUUUUUUGAUUCCUUGGCCCUCAAGAUGGAUCAUAUUUAGUAAAAAGUUAAUAAAUUUUGAAGAUGUAGUGUUAAAAGGAAAGAAAUUCAAGAAAAUAUGCACUUGAUAGCUGUGGUUUUGACCAGUUUUUUUUUUAAGAUUACACGUAAUAUUUAUGCCUGGUGUAUGGUGUGUUGAUUGCUUUAAUAAUGUCAACUCUUAAAUUUGAGCAGGAGGGUUUAUUAAUGUAAAGAGGGCACAAUAUGAGGACUGAAACUAUUUAAAAUUAUCACAAAGUAUCUAAAGUUGAACUCACAUGGUUACAAAGAGAAAAAUAUACAGAGGAAAUGAAGCAGAGCAGUAGAAAUUAGGACUGAACCGAAAGAGGAGUCUGUGUAAGUGUGUGCAUGGGUGAAUGUUUAACUUUUUUUUUUUAAUAUUGGUGCAAUUCAGAAAGACUGUAUACAAGCUUAUGAAGAAUUAAUUCUGGUAACAAAGAACAUUUAUAUACUUUUAUUAUUACCAUGUAUUUUGUAUAUUUGGGAUGUUGUUGGAUUUCAAAGCUGAUUGUGUCAAUAGUGUGAUGUACAAACAUGACUGAAAGAAUGACUGAAAUCCUACAAUAUUAUUUUCAUACAAUGAAGUUUUGUUAGCAACUUUUGUACUUUGCAAUGACCGUAAAACAUGCAUUUUUUUAACAUGUCAUACGGAGUUUACACUAAACAUUUGUUAAUUUGAAGGUUGAUGGUGAUAUUUAAAUUUAAUAGUAAAAGAAAAUUUGUAUCAUGUAAUUUGGUCUUGGUUUAGAGUGCAUCUUCCUGGAUUGAGUUAAUAUAUUUUAAAAUCAGAAAUAAAGGAUAGUUUCAGAGUUUUGUUUCCUUGGGUGUGAUUUUCCAAGUAGUGGUGCCCACAUAUUUUCAUUGCAUGGUCAUUAAAUAAAAUUAAUGUAUGUAUAGACUCCAGUGUAUAAUUCUUAAAUACAUAUAACAAUGAUGAUGGCAUUCGCAUAUUUAUGCAUGAAAGCAUAUAAAAUUUAAAUUGUGUUUAACAGGCAACAUUGAAAUAGGAUCUAACAGUGUCCUGUUUUAAUGUAAUGGAAGAUUUUGGAACACCAAGUUGUGUAUGGAGUAAAAUAAGGAAAUGUUUCAUAAUCCAGUUUGACCAGAAUCCGUCACAGCACAGAUUUUCUGUCAUGUCACUUCGCUUCCUACAUGUAGAUUAGCUUUGCAGACUAGGAGAUCUGUAAUUCUAUCCUUCGUUAUUUUGCCACCAUAUAAACAGGCUUUCUCACAGAUAGUGUUUUGCUGGGUGUUUAUAAAAGAGCUCUCUUUCAUCUGUGUUCAUCUAAUGGUUCAUAUUCACAUAAUUCUUCCAGUAGCUGCCCAUUUUCUACUUUUUACUGUUUCCAGGUUUACACUCUUGCUGUCUUCACACAGUGUCUUAUGUCAUCUUUUGAUCCAAUCUCUGCAUUUGUAAAGCGAUAAAAUUCCAACAUAUCUGCUAGUUAUAGCACCUCUGUUUCAGGUGAAGACUAGUCACUUCAUCAUUACACAUGUGAGUCUGGUUAAUGCUUCAGGCCCAGAGCCACUUUACCCUGUUCCACUUGUUUUAAAGGUUUCAAAAACAAAUUAGUAACUCUGUUCCUAGUUAGUUUCUAUUAUAGAAAUGUGAAGGUUUCCCACUUAUUUGUGCACACCUUUGUGCAAACAAAUAUUGGUACUUACAUUUAUUUGCGAGAGAAUAAUACUGUGGAAAUAUAUUCGGAUAUUAGAAGGCGAUGGAAUUCCUCCAAGUGCCUGAGCAUUAGAUACUGCUACUAAAUUUAUUCAUGACAGUUUUGUUGCUGCAGAUUUGUACAAGUUUUCACAAUUCUUAGUGGUAAGCACCAAUUAUUUACCUGUUCAACAAUUGAAUGAAAGUUUUAGAAUUUUAUAUACCAAGUGUUGUAACAAGUUUUGCUAUGAAGUGUUAUUUCCAGUAAUUCACUUUAGUGUAAUAAAUCUCACAACAUUCCCUGGGACAGAGACCUCCAUUGUAAUUUCAGCAGUAGAUGGUGAACUACUUCUGGGUACACUUACCUGUGUGGCAUUUCUGUCUCUCUGCACAGACCUUACAUCUACACUGGCAUUUUCCUUUUUCUUUUAUUUCCAUUAUAGGACCUCUAUAUGCAGAAUAUGGUGGUUCUGUCAGUGCUGCAUCCAUCCCUUAUGCCAUUUUUCCAUUAACUUGCAGAAUCUGACCCUUUUUGUGCAUAUUUUGCACUACAAAAUAUGAGCAUUCACAAGUGCAAAAUUAAAGAGGUGGAAGAACAAUUUUUCCACUACUUCAUGGAUUUUUAUUUAGCAAUAAGGUAGCAUUUGGUUAGAUUUAUCAACCAGUUAUAUAUUUAGUGUAAACCAUGGCUAUAUUUGGUUUUGGCCUUUUGUGGGCUCCUCUCAGUUUUGAUGUUUCAGCUUUUCUGUCAUCAUGGCCUGUGCUUAGUAAGUAAGCAUCUUGCACAUCACAUAAGAUCUAAAAGUUUGUGAUAGUGUUAUAUUAAUACAAUUAUAAAGUUUUUGGACAUUAUCCAUCAUCCCUACUGAGUAAUCUUUACCUGAAGCUGGAGACAGAGUCCAGUCUCAGAGACGUUUUUAAAUAAAAAAUGGGUAAUGGAUAAUUUCCAAAAUCUCAAUAAUUGAAUUUGAAAUAGGUUCCACUUCGUGCAAAGGGACAUUGUCUGACUUCUCAGAAUAUAGGUCACAUUAUUUGUAUUUAACAUUGUAAGGAUUGCCAGGAAUUGAUCUCGAGACUUCCCACCUUUUGUUGAAUAGUUUAUGCAUGAAAUUGGUCCUGUAGUCAUGCAGAGAUGGUUUCCUUGCCAAACUCGUUUGAAUAACUAUUGCAAGAAAUAUUUUUAUUUUAUGCAUGCUUGCUUGUGGCCUCUGAGGAUAUGUGGACUUCGGUUUUGAAAGGUUUUGCUGUUUUGUUAUGGUUAUUUGAUUUUUACAAUGUCUCUUGUUUUCUGAUGUAAUUUCUCAAAAUAUCCCAUUGUCAGAAAAAUAGAUUAAAAAUUCUGUAUGGUAACUUUUUGACAUUAUGUAUAAAUUUGGGUUUAAUUCCUGGUAUGGAAUCUGAUCAUGAACUGUUACUUGGUCUGGUUUUAUCCAUUUUGUUUGGACUGCACUAGGAAGUCAAUUGAAUACCAAAACUUCUCUGCAUCAGACAUGCACGCUAUGCCUGUGUUUAGUUUAGAGCCACAGUGGUUUGAUCUCUGACAUGUAUGAAAGAGAGUCAUAUAAACAUCAUGUACAGUAUGAUAAACUAGCAGCAGAUUGAAACAUAAUUUCUGAGCUAUCUGAGAGAGAGUGCAGCAUUGGAAUUCUAUUUGGUAGAAGCCUCUAAGGAAAGGAAUUAUAACUAGAAGCUCUGAACUGACACAGUGGAAGAUUCAUGUCUCUAGCAUAAUUAAUUUUUAUGUAGUGAUUUAUUUAAAUCAUAGAUCAUAGUAAUGUAACAUUCAGCUUCAUGGCAAAUUAAGCCAAGUGUCAUUGCUACCAUCAGCAGACUCAAAGUGGUAGCCCAUAUGGGCAGUGGUGGUAUCUGUAGCUCUGCUAAGGGAGACAGAUAAAUUUCUUGUUCUCCGAAAAAGGAAUAUCUUGAACACAUGCCUUCUGUUUCACUAUAGAUUGUCACCAUUAUGUUCAGUGUAAGUCCUGGUAGCAGUGCUCAUUCAUUAUGAAUUCCCAUAUGUGUAUCAACCUAUGCCAGAGUAUAUAUUGUGGUAUGUCUGCUGAAAGCCAGAAUUGGGGACCAGUAGAGGUGGUGGUUGUUAGGGAAUGGCCUUGCAAAUGUCAUGUGACAGCUCGUUUCCACGGUGACAAAGGCAGUGCAACAGUAAAGGAAUUGUGGGAAGAGAUGUUUUAUGUGUGGUCUGUAUCACAGCUACAUAAUGAGGAGCAGCUGCCAUUUUGAGUCAGUUUGAGAAAGAAGGCCCUUGGCCUGGACUAGGAAGCGGUGGGCAGAACAGACAGGUGACCACUAGUGGAGGCUAUAACAAGAUUAGGAAAUUUGUGUGGGUUUUAAUGGUUUGUGCAGCGUUAUAGUUACUUCUGAUUCCAAAUUGUAAAGUGUGCAAUAAAUCCAGCCCUGUCUGUAGUCACUUAACACAUGAUAAUAUUUGUUACAGACACUGAA